AUGUAUUGCUAAAAGGAGAGAGUUGAAGAGUUGUAUAAGGUGUUGAUUUUAUCUAAAGAUCUUGAUAAAGUAUUCUUUCCUAUCCUCAUUUACGUAUUAAAAAAAGAGAAAAUUUAAGACUGCCUAGAAUUUCUUUCAUAAGAUCAAAAUCAAAUCCUUUUGUAAAUAGAAAGAUAAAAGGUCGAUAAUUUAUUGCUGCUUAAUAAAGAAUAGACUUUCAAUUCAGAAAUUAGUAUUAAGAGAAUAACUGAUGUUCUCAAAUAAAUUAGGGAUCAUGAAUUUAAUUAAUAAAAUUACUCAACAGAUAAUUAUGAAGAAAUUAAAAAGGAUCUCAUCAUAAAAAUAUCAUUUGAUAAGAAAAUUAUAGAAUUUCUCAGAUUUUUAGUUCAUCUAACUGCCUUAGAUAUGAGAUUCAUUUAGAGUGGAUCAAAUUCUCUUCAUUUAUUAAUCGAAAUGAAGAUUGACUGUAAAGAAUGCUCUUUAGAAAAUAUUAGUAUUAGAAAUACUUAGUAGUAAUAAGAAAAUCUUUUGAAAUGUCACUUAAACGGAUCUACCUUAUUAUCUAAUUAAUCUAAGUAAUUCUAAGCAUCUAUCUGCGAUAAUUUUUAUGAUUUUAUUGCAUUUAACAAUAAUUCAAGAUUAAUUGUUUCAUAAAAUCCAAAAAGAAUAAUGGCUUGCUUUGGAAUUGUAAAAAAUAAAUCUAAAAUACAAAUAGCUAUAAAAACUAUGUAAAGCCAAUAAAAGUACAACAAAGAAUUAAAAGUAGCAAUAAAUAAAGUUUAGAGAAAAUUAGCCAAAGAUUCAUAAGCAAAGAAAAAUUAAAUUCGAUUAAAUGUGUACUGCAACACCAAAAUUCGAUUUAAUAUAUAUCAUUUCGAUUAGUACGCUCCAAUUAAAUCAGUCGUUUCGAAAAAUCCAAAAAAUGCUUAUUUUUAUAUUAAAAAAGGUAUGAUUCCAUUUUUUGAUGAUUUCCUAGCUAUUCCUCUAGAGAAGAUGAACAGAUUAAAUGAAGCUUUGGAAUAUUAUGAUUUAGCAAUUGAGAUAAAUCCAGAGAUUUCUGAAUUUUAUUAUCGCAAAGGUAUAAUUGAUGGUGAUUUAUUAGGUUUAACAUUAAAUAAAAUGAAAAGAUUUGAAGAGGCUUUAGAAUGUUAUGAUUCAGCAAUUUACAAAAAUCCACAGGAAUCAUGUUAUUAUAAUUGCAGAGCAAAUACUUUAAACGAAAUGAAAAAAUUUGAUCAGGCGUUGAAAUAUUAUAAUUUAGCAAUUUAGAAAGAUCCAAAUAAUCCUAUCCUUAUUAAUAACAAAGAUUUAUUAGGAAAUACUCUAGAUAUACUGAAAAGAUUUGAGGAAGCCUUGAAAUAUUAUAAUUUGGCUAUUUCAAAAAACCCAGAAAUAUCUGACUCUUAUAAUCGCAAAGCAAUUACAUUAAAUAAAAUGCAUCUAUUUGAAGAAUCUUUGGAAAAUUCAAAUUUGGCAAUUUAUAAAAACAAAGAAAUUUCCAGGUAUUAUUAUAUCAAAGCAAAUACUCUAAGUAAAAUGAAAAGAUUUGAAGAGGCGUUAGAAAAUUAUGAUUUAGCUAUUCAGAAGGACCCAGAGGUGUCUGACUUUUAUGGUUGGCAAAGGUAAAAUUAAAUAUAGAUGAUUACCUAGCGAUUUCAUUAUUUUUCAAUAUAUUUGAAAACAAAUUUAGAUUAAUCCAAAUUUGAAGAUGCUUUGGUAAAUUUUGAUCUCGCAAUUUAACUAAACCCAGAAGAUUCAAGGCAUUAUAUUUGA